AUGGUUAAUCCUGGUAUCAGAGUGCCAGAAACAUCCCAGAUGGUUAAUCCUGGUAUCAGAGUGCCAGAAACAUCACAGAUGGUUAAUCCUGGCAUCAGAGUGCCAGAAACAUCCCAGAUGGUUAAUCCUGGUAUCAGAGUGCCAGAAACAUCCCAGAUGGUUAAUCCUGGUAUCAGAGUGCCAGAAACAUCACAGAUGGUUAAUCCUGGUAUCAGAGUGCCAGAAACAUCACAGAUGGUUAAUCCUGGUAUCAGAGUGCCAGAAACAUCACAGAUGGUUAAUCCUGGUAUCAGAGUGCCAGAAACAUUACAGAUGGUUAAUCCUGGCAUCAGAGUGCCAGAAACAUCACAGAUGGUUAAUCCUGGUAUCAGAGUGCCAGUGCCCUUCAGAAUAUUCUGCAGCCCCAAGCAGUACUUCCUGCAGACCCAAGGACCACCUUCUGCAGCCCCAAGUAGUACUUCCUGCAGACCCAAGGACCACCUUCUGCAACCCCAAGUUGUACUUCCUGCAGACCCAAGGACCACCUUCUGCAGCCCCAAGUGGUACUCCCUGCAGACCCAAGGACCACCUUCUGCAGCCCCAAGUAGUACUUCCUGCAGACCCAAGGACCACCUUCUGCAGCCCCAAGUAGUACUUCCUGCAGACCCAAGGACCACCUUCUGCAGCCCCAACCAGUACUUCCUGCAGACCCAUGGACCACCUUCUGCAGCCCAAAGUUGUACUUCCUGCAGACCCAAGGACCACCUUCUGCAGCCCCAAGCAGUACUUCCUGCAGACCCAAGGACCACCUUCUGCAGCCCCAAGCAGUACUUCCUGCAGACCCAAGGACCACCUUCUGCAGCCCCAAGCAGUACUUCCUGCAGACCCAAGGACCACCUUCUGCAGCCCCAAGUAGUACUUCCUGCAGACCCAAGGACCACCUUCUGCAGCCCCAAGCAGUACUUCCUGCAGACCCAAGGACCACCUUCUGCAGCCCCAAGUAGUACUUCCUGCAGACCCAAGGACCACCUUCUGCAGCCCCAAGUAGUACUUCCUGCAGACCCAAGGACCACCUUCUGCAGCCCCAACCAGUACUUCCUGCAGACCCAUGGACCACCUUUUGCAGCCCAAAGUUGUACCUCCUGCAGACCCAAGGACCACCUUCUGAAGCCCCAAGCAGUACUUCCUGCAGACCCAAGGACCACCUUCUGCAGCCCCAAGCAGUACUUCCUGCAGACCCAAGGACCACCUUCUGCAGCCCAAAGCAGUACUUUCUGCAGACCCAAGGACCACCUUCUGCAGACCCAAGUUGUACUUCCUGCAGACCCAAGGACCACCUUCUGCAGCCCCAAGUAG